CCGUGCGCUCCCUUGCGCUUGCGCACCUUUUGCACGUGCGAAUACCCCAAACGUGUGGAUUGGGAACCGCUGCACACCCCGGAGCCGGGCAGCUCAGUGCUCGACAUGAAGCCAGGUUUCAGUCCCCGUGGGGGCGGCUUCGGAGGCCGAGGGGGCUUCAGCGACCGUGGCGGUCGAGGUGGAGGCCGCGGGGGCUUUGGUGACCGUGGUGGUCGAGGUGGAGGCCGCGGGGGCUUCGGCGGGGGCCGAGGCCGAGGUGGAGGCUUCAGGGGCCGCGGGCGAGGAGGAGGAGGACGAGGAGGCGGAGGGUUCCAGUCUCCAGGGGGCAACCGGGGUCGUGGUCGGGGAGGCAAAAGAGGAAACCAGUCAGGGAAGAAUGUGAUGGUGGAGCCCCAUCGGCAUGAGGGCGUCUUCAUCUGCCGAGGAAAGGAAGAUGCGUUAGUCACCAAGAAUCUGGUCCCUGGAGAAUCAGUCUAUGGAGAGAAGAGAGUCUCCAUCUCGGAAGGAGAUGACAAAAUUGAGUACCGUGCAUGGAACCCCUUCCGUUCAAAACUGGCAGCAGCAAUCCUGGGCGGUGUGGACCAGAUCCACAUCAAGCCGGGGGCCAAGGUGCUCUACCUCGGAGCUGCUUCAGGAACUACUGUCUCCCAUGUCUCUGACAUCGUAGGCCCGGAUGGUCUGGUCUAUGCAGUCGAGUUCUCCCACCGCUCUGGCCGUGACCUCAUUAACUUGGCGAAGAAGAGGACCAACAUAAUUCCUGUCAUCGAGGAUGCUCGGCACCCACACAAAUACCGCAUGCUCAUUGCAAUGGUGGAUGUGAUCUUUGCUGACGUGGCCCAACCAGACCAGACCCGGAUUGUGGCCCUGAAUGCCCAUACCUUCUUGCGUAAUGGAGGACACUUUGUGAUUUCCAUUAAGGCCAACUGCAUUGACUCCACAGCUUCUGCGGAGGCCGUGUUUGCCUCUGAAGUGAAAAAGAUGCAACAGGAGAACAUGAAGCCCCAGGAGCAGUUGACCCUAGAGCCCUACGAAAGAGAUCACGCUGUGGUUGUGGGUGUGUACAGACCACCCCCCAAGGUGAAGAACUGAAUGAAGUACACUGCUGUCUGGAUUGCAAGAGAUUGUAUGGCUGCUGUUGCACCUGCGUUUUUCUAUUAAAAGACUCCUCUGUUGCCGCUG